AUGAAAGUGUCUGCCGCUCUCGCCGAGAUCGUCUCCGACUUCUCCGGAUUCCAUCACAUCCACGCCUCCAAGUCUUCUCCGGCUUCUUCUUUCUCCUAUUCUGCCACGUCAUCGUCUUCUGCUCGUCUCAAUAUCACUGUCGGAGUGGUCGUCCAGGGACCAUCCACCUCCAUCAGAAGAACCGACAGUCUCUCGAGUAUCGACUCGACCACUUCCAAUGCCUCCUACGUGCUCAUCGAAUAA